AUGGAUCCUAUAUUCGAUAUGAGCGUAGAUGAAGUCACAUCUGAGACAUGGAAAGUUCUUGACGAAUGCAUGAAUUUGUUUUCCUCAACAACACAUGAGGCAUACGUUAGUACUCUCGAUAGAGCACAUACUGAUGAACAUCCUGAUAUUAAAUACUUUCAAAAAAUCAAGAGCGAUAACCACUAUCAGUAUCAUAAAAAUAAAUGCCUGAAGAACAGUAUCGAUAAAAUUCACUCAAGAAUGACAGUCAUUGAUCCUUAUAAUAGUCAAGGCUUGCUCGAUAGAUUAUCCACUUAUACUGCUUUAAAUUGGAGUGUGCCAGAAUUUAUUGACUUUAAUGAACUAAAAUGUGCAAGAAAUGGUUGGACUUGUAAAUCCGUUUCUUACAACGAUAACUUGAAGAAUUUUUUGACCUGCUCCGUAUGUCAGAAACAGGUGAUCAUCAAGUUCAACGAAUCAAGUUCUGAAGGGCCAGAUUACGAUUUUGAAGAUUAUGAUUUGUUAAAUCAAAAGUUAGCAGAGCAUUACAAGUACAUAGUGGAAAAGCAUGGACAUGGUGUUAAUUGCUCGUGGAGAAAUUUUGAGACCCCGUUGGAUGGAGUCUAUUAUUUGCGUCCUCACUUAGACGGCACGAUCGAGCUUAUCAUUGAUGACUAUUUAAGAAUUUUAAAAACUUUAGUUUCAAACUCAGUGCUUUUACAAGAAAACUCUGACUGCUUUAGUGAAUCCUUAUUAAAAGAGGAUGAUAGCCAUAAAUUUAAAGAAUUUGUACGAAUAUCUGAUGCUUGGCUAUUACAUCGUCAUUUUAAAAAUGAUGAGGAAAACGCCUCGAUAAAAUUGAAUAACGCACCCAAGUGGCUUUACAAACUUGCAAUUUUAGGUUGGGACCUACACGUGCAAUCUUUCGCUAAUGAUUUGGUAUUGCUCGUCAUAUGCUCAAAGUGCAACAAAAGAUAUUUUCUAAACUCGACAAAGCAUCCUCCUGUCGAUAAAAAUAAGGAUUAUAUUGAUCCUACUGUUGGAAUUGAUUUAUCAAACUCCAAAAUAUUAACUCCUUGUAAAUAUCCAAUGACUGUCAGCCCAGAAGAAUCCUUCCAGUUUGGUGUUGCUCUCGAGGAAAAUCCUAUCGAGCUAAUGCAACUAGAUGCAUGGGAGGAGCAUAAAUCUUGGUGUCGAUACAAAGCUUGUAUAAAUGAGAAUUCUUCUUAUUAUGAUUAUUUGAUCGAUACUGUAAUUAACUCAUAUAACAAUAUGGGUUCGAGUGGAGAAUACAUUGCAGAAACUGAAUUCAAGUUUAACAUAGACACAACUCCUCUGAAGCGGAAACCAAGUAUAGACAUAAGCGAGGGCCUCGAAAGGUUAAGCAAGUUACGAAAAUUGUAUUUAAUAGAGGAAUAA